AAAUUGUGUUUUAGGUACAGAAAAACACCGCUUGGAAUAUACACAGGUUUUUAUUUUAGCGCUUAGAUAUAACUUUGAAAGAAGAGAUUGUUAAAGAUUAAUGAAGACAUCAUGGCAUUUCAACUGAUGUAUGUGACAGUUCUCACAACGCUUCUGAUGGUCUGUUUAGAUGUCUGCCACAGCAAAACGUCCGUGACAUAUUCCUUUUCAACUGAUUCGUGUAAUGCACCAACGUAUGUUGUUGAUGAACACACCACAACCUUCAUGACAUUUGAUGGGGAUUUACGGAACCAUGACUGUAGACAAAUGUCGUUUUCAAUUCCCAAAUCGAUUUUCUAUUAUUACCGCAUGUUCGUUAAACAACAUUACUUUGACAGCCCUAAAUGUCAGACUAUGGUACAGUUCAAGAUAUACAGAGAUAUAGAACCAGAAUAUGAAUAUUAUUAUGACUAUGAUGGCGAGAUAAAAGGUGAAGGUUGCAAAGGGGACUCAAACAGCUAUCUUUUGGAUGGGCUUUACAAUUUCGAUUCAGUUUCCUUCCAAGUAAAGAAAUCUCAUAUAAGUAAUAAUGAAAUCAGCAUACACGGCGACAUAAUACCAGAGGAAAUAGCAAUAGCACCUGACAAACUAAAUGACACUUUUAAGUUUCAAAUUGACGCAGAAUUGGAAUACAAUUAUGAUGUAAUUGGUGGAAUAUCAGGGGGAAUAGCUGGUUUCUUGAUUCUCUGUGGAUUGACUAUUUAUUUGUGCAUCUGUUGUCGUAGGAGAAAACGAAAAACCGGAAGAUACUGUUGCACAUGUGUAUAUAACAGAACAGGAAACAUUAAUGCAGGAGGUCUUUUGACAGAAUGUUCCGUAGGUGGACUAUUAUUAUGCUCGUGUAUUUUAUGUAGACACCAACAACACUACAAAAGAAUGCAGAGUUCAUAUUCAGAUUCUUGUGAAAAGAUGUCUACUGAACCUGAUGACAACAAGACUGAUAUGGUGACGAGGUGGGAAUCUCUUAAUGGCCAGAAGGAUCAAAACACAGUCCCACUCAUUCAAUGUGACAAUUAAACUUGAGAAUACGCAAAAUGUCCGAAUGAAAUAUGUGUAAAUAGCAUCGGAACCUUUACCAAAGAGAAACGGUGCAAUUUUAUGUAUAUGUAUCUGUACUUUUUUACCAACAAAAUAAUCGAUGGUGUAUAUAUAUUUUAAUAUUAGUGGUUAUAAAUCAUGCACUAAAACCGUUUCGUACACUUCUUCUUAUUUAUGUAAAAUGAGGAAAUGUAAAUGAAAAAUUCAUUUAAAGCUUUAAUUAAAAACUGGCGAAUUAAUCCGAUGGUUAUCCGUCAAAACCCGAUUAGAUUUGUAAAGUAUUCGUACAAGAAUAAAAAAAAGAUGAUAAGAUACGUGUUUAUCUUUUCCACAAUAAAACACAAUAACGUACUUUAUUUGGACUUUUAGCUUUUAUCAUUCAAGUGUCAUUUAGACGAAACGAGUUUUUUUUCACAUUAUUAUAUAUUAGGGGUAUAUAACUUAUUAUCUUACUUAUCAUACCUUUCUAGAAAUGUCAUUGGUUAUAUAUUUGAAAGCGAACACGUGGACAUAUUUAAUAUAAGGUCAGUGAGCGCGUUUUAUUUUAAGUACACGGUUUUUUGAAUACAUGAUUAAAAGUAGUGUUACGUUCCUUUUAAAAAACAAAAUGGUGUUGUUUUUAUAGUAACAUACAUUGUGAACCCACAUAAUUAUAAUUGUUUCAUUCUUUUAGACAGAAAUAUGUCUUAGAGACGCUGAUAUAUUCUUACUAUACAUAAUUAAAAGUUCGGUUGAAUGUUGUGUUAAAUUGUAAUAUCAAGUUUUACAACUACGUCUAAAUUCCCUGUCUUAAGAUAGUCGGUAAGAUAUAUUCGUUACACAGUGAGCUCGUGACCUAAUACUAUAUAUACGGGGUCAGUAAAUUUCAUAUGUAGAUCGAGCUUCGCUCGUUCUUGUUCCAUAUGGAAUUUUCUGACCCCGUUUAUAUCGUUUUAAGGUCACUAGCACACUGUAUGACUUAUACAUAUUUUUAUAUUUUGACCUAUCUGAUGAUACACUAUUGUUGAAAACUUUUGAAUAUGUGUUGUUUAAAAUACUGUACAGAUUCAUGUAUGUCAAUAAAUGACAAUGCAGUAGAGCUGAACAUAAUUUGUUUCUAGAUUGUAGCUUUAGAAAUUAUUAUUUCUGUAUACAGCUUUUAAUUUUUUCCCAUCUGUUUACAAUAGUAUUGACAGAAAAACCACCAGACAUAAUCUGGUCAGCCAUGAUAUCUAGAUUUUAAACACAGAUAUGUUAUUGAGUUUACAUUGUAAACGUAGAUUUGUCAAUGCAAUAUUAACUCGUUAUAUUAUGUGUAUAGAAUUAACAUAUAUUUGUUUCAAAUAAAAUAUUAACAAAAUGCUG